ACCCCACGUGACGCAGUUUAGUAACCUUCCUGCGGACUACGCGUGCGUGACCUAGGGACCCGUGACCCGCGCAGGUCUGUAGCUGGCGCAGGGGCAGCUGGGAAGAUGGCGGCCUGGGUACCUUGUCCGAGGUGGAGCUGGGCGGCUGUGUCCUUCGGCCGGCACCGAGGCCUGAGCGCAUCCCUAACUCUGAAGUCCCCGCGGACGUGGUGGCUCCCAGCUUGCAGACAAAAGGUAUCACUCUCUUUCCUUAAACGGCCAGACCUUCCAAGCCUGGCUUAUAAGAGGCUAAAAGGCAAAAGCCCAGGAGUUAUCUUCAUCCCUGGCUAUCGUUCUAAUAUGAAUGGUAAAAAGGCACUGGCAGUUGAGGAGUUUUGCAAAUCUCUAGGUCACGCCUUUAUAAGGUUUGACUACUCAGGAGUUGGAAGUUCAGAUGGUAACUUAGCUGAAUGCACAGUGGGGAAAUGGAGAAAGGAUGUACUUUCUAUUAUUGAUGACAUAGCUGAAGGACCACAGAUACUGGUCGGAUCGAGCCUCGGUGGGUGGCUCAUGCUACAUGCUGCAAUUGCACGGCCAGAAAAGGUCGUAGCUCUUAUUGGUAUAGCUACUGCUGUAGAUGGCCUGGUGACACCGUUUCGUUCACUUCCUGUGGAGGUGCAAAAGGAUAUAGAAAUGAAAGGCUACUGGACCUUGGCAUCUAAAUACAUCGAAGAAGGAUUUUACAACAUUCCAUACAAUUUCAUUAAAGAAGCGGAGCACCAUUGCUUGUUACAUAGCCCCAUUCCUGUGGCCUGCCCUGUACGGUUGAUCCACGGCAUGAAGGACGACUUAGUCCCUUGGCACACAUCCCUGCAGGUUGCUGACCGACUGGUCAGCCCAGAUGUCGAUGUCAUCCUGCGGAAACAUGGUGAUCACAGGUUGAAGGAGAAAGCAGAUAUUCAUCUGCUUGUUUGCACUAUUGAUGAUUUGAUUGACAAGCUCUCAACUGUUGUUACUUAGAAUCACAUUUGUGAUUGGUAUACACGCUAAUGUGUCUAGCAGAUUGAAAGAAUGGUAAAAAAUCAAAGACCCAGAUACCUUAGGGUCUUCCCUCUUUUAUUUUGUAAAUAUCCAAUAUCCAAUACGUAUUUAUUUAAUAAUGUCUUUGCACAAAUACACAAUUUGUGACAGAAGUAUUAGCUGCUGUUUGGAGAAUUUUGUCUUUCCUCUUUGAUAUUUUUUCCCAUUAAAAUAGCACCUAUUUUUUUAUUACAGACAUGUUUACCUUUCUUAUGCAUACUGUAGCUGUGCCACCACUUAAUUCUGUUCCCUUCUACCACAAUAAAGCUUGAAUAUUUUGGUGUUUGUUUGGUACCAUUA